CCCCCACUGAAACAUUGACUUCGAUUCGAGUGGACUUCGAGGCAGCUGUCUCAUCGUUUUCCGCUUGUUUAAACUGUUUAUUAACCAAGGAAAAUAGAACUCACUUCAAACAAAGGAUCGAAAUGAGGUAAUCCGCAAAGAAAGAACUUUCAACAUGAAAGACACAUCGGAAAACUAUCCGCCCUCACGGCAAUCUUUGCGUCCCGAGACGACAACGAAUCGCCGACCUGAAGGUACAUCGUAUUCUUCUCGCCACAGCCAAACUCGACCAGUUACAACCGAUGUCGAACAGACACCUUCGGCAGGGAGUCAGCGGCCAGGUGUGAGGCUGACAUCGCUUUCAGCCCUGUACCAGCCAGCUUUUAAGCCGUAUUCCUUCACUCACAUGUACGAAACAAAAUAUAACAGCGAUUUUGAAGGCAGAUAUUGGCCGCCUCCUUUGCCAAACAGGGUAUCUUCUGCCAACUACGCUCCAAUCAACUACAGAUUUGGCUCCACUACAUAUCAACGACACUUUCAACAGAGGAAACCCUUCCCUACUGCGUUUGUGAUUCCAUAUUCACGCCACAACCACCCCCAGCCGAACAUGGUGAACUCGUAUAACUACCCGGAUGGGGUUAAGUGGAUAUGGAAUCCUUCCACAACAACUGUUGGAGAAGCCAGUGGAGGUGAGUCACAAAGGAAAGAGAGGCUGCGGAACCACAGAUGGUAUUCCAGAUAACACAGAAAAACCAAAACAAAUCAGCUUGAACAUUCUGUUUCUGUUCUUUAAUAUUUGAGACUGUAAGCUAUUUCUUGGCUUCAGAGUUUAUAUGGUGGCAAUUUAUCAUUUACAAUAGUUGCUGUUUUCAAGGCAUGCGAUUUUUUUCUGCUGUCCUUAAUGCUAAGGAAAAUCUUAAAAACCUUUAUGUACUUGGACGCUAUUCGCAGCUACCUAGACCUAGUAGUCCAGAAUUAGAUUUAAGAUCAAUGGCUCCCGUUGAGGAGUUUUUAUUUUUUCAAGCAAUAUUUUCAUAUGAGAUUUAAAAAAAAAAUUGUACUUUGUAGAUAAGUUUAAA